AGAUACCCUCAUUGACUCAAUUCCAGCAACAACUUCUAAUUAAAGGAAUCCCAAAUUUCCAGAAACACAAAAUAAUUAAACAAAAUUUGUUUUAAUUUUUUAAUUACGCGUCUUCUAUUAUUCAAAGAGCUGUCCACCCUAAAAAUCCAAAUUCCAACUCACUUUCUUUUCUUCCUUCACAAACCCCACCAUUAAUACCAAGAUUACCCACAUUUUCUCUCUCUCUCUCUCUCCUCCAUUUUUGCGCCCCCUUCAAUGGCGAAAACAUCCACAACUACCCUCUUCAUCUUCUUCUUCCUCCUUCUUUCUCUCUCCUCUGCUGAUGACAAAUCCGCCAUGGAUGACUUCUUGAAAUCCUUCGGAUCAUCUCCUCCUUCUGGGUGGGAUUCUUCCACAGAUUUCUGCAAAUGGAAGGGUGUAAACUGUGAUAAUGGAGACAGGGUUACCUCCAUUAAUCUUGCUUCUCAAUCUCUCAAAACUACACUUCCUUCUUCCAUUAAUACCCUCUCUCAACUCACCACUCUUUCUCUUCAAAACAAUGAAUUCAUUGGCCCUUUACCUUCUUUAGCUAAUCUCUCUCUUCUUCAAACUGUUUUUCUUGACAAUAAUAAUUUUACUUCAAUCCCAUCUGGUGCUUUUUCUGGGUUGAGUUCACUUCAAACUCUCUCUCUUUCCUUUAAUGAAGACCUUGCGCCAUGGCAAUUUCCUUCCGAACUCACUGAUUCUUCAAGCUUGGCUAGUUUCUAUGUUAAUAAUGCGAAAAUGGAAGGCCCGAUUCCAGACAUAUUCGGGUCGUUUCCCGGGUUGCAGAAUUUGAGAUUGAGCUACAAUAAUUUGAGUGGGUCUUUACCCGGGUCGUUAAACGGGUCUUCAAUUCAGAAUUUCUGGGUUAAUAAUCAGGUUGAUGGGUUGUUAUCGGGUCCGAUUGAUGUUGUUUCGGGUAUGACCCAGUUAGCUCAGGUAUGGCUUCAUGCAAAUUCAUUUACUGGUUCAAUUCCUGAUUUAUCUGCUUGUACUCAGAUAUUUGAUCUUCAACUUAGGGAUAAUAAGUUUACUGGGAUUCUUCCACCUUCAAUUGUUAGUUUGCCUAAAUUGGAGAAUUUUACUAUUAAUAAUAACAAUAUUCAAGGGCCGCUUCCUGAUUUUCCUAAGACUGUUAAAGUAGUAGAGUUGGGUAAUAACCAUUUUUGUAGGAAUGUUACUGGGGAUUGUGAUCCUCAGGUUACUGCUUUGCUCCAAGUUGCUGGGGCUUUAGGGUAUCCAAUUAAGUUGGCUGAUGCUUGGAUUGGUAAUGAUGCUUGUAAUAGCUGGAUUUUUGUGUCCUGUGAUCCUAGCCACCGUGUAGUUUCUGUUUAUUUUGCGAAGCAGGGGUUUUCGGGCACCAUUUCCCCGGCAUUUGCGAAUUUGACGUCAUUGACGGAUUUGGAUUUGAGUAAUAAUAAUUUGACUGGCACUAUCCCUGCCUCUUUAGCUUCCUUGCCCAAGCUUAAGAAGAUUGAUUUGACAAAUAAUGACAUUAGUGGGAAAGUUCCGAGGUUUAGUCUUGGGGUGAAUUUGCUCACUUCUGGGAAUAAGAAUAUUGGGAAGGAUGUUGCUCCACCUGGUUCUCCGGGUUCUGGGGGUAGCUCCUCUUCUGGCUCGGGUGUGGGGUCGAAGGGUUCAUCGGUUUCUGCUGGUAUGGUGAAAAGUGUGGUGAUUGCGGUUGUUGUUUUUGUUGUAGUUGUAAUGUUUGUGUUGUACAAGUGUUAUAUGAAGAAGAAGCACAGGAAGUUUGGGAAGGUUCAGAAUCCCGAAGCUGGAGAUAAUGAGAUGGUGAAGACCAGUGUAGUGGGGACAACAAAUGGUUAUGCUGGUGUUCCAAGUGAGUUGCAGAGCCACAGCAGUGGUGAUCAUGGUGAUUUCCCUGUGUUUGAAGGCGGGAAUGUUGCCAUCUCAAUUCAAGUCCUUCGGCAGGUUACAAACAAUUUUAGUGAGGAUAAUAUACUGGGACGUGGAGGAUUUGGGGUUGUUUACAAAGGGGAGCUCCAUGAUGGGACUAAGAUUGCCGUUAAGAGGAUGGAAGCUACAGCUAUGGGCACCAAAGGGAUGAGUGAGUUUCAAGCUGAAAUUGCAGUCCUUACAAAAGUUAGGCACAGGCAUUUGGUUGCCCUUUUAGGUUUCUGCACCAAUGGGCACGAGAGGCUUUUGGUAUACGAGUACAUGCCACAAGGGCACCUCGGACAACAUUUGUUUGAGUGGCAAGAGCUUGGAUAUCCCCCUCUUACUUGGAAGCAGAGAGUCUCCAUAGCUUUGGAUGUGGCCAGGGGAGUUGAGUAUCUACAUAGUUUAGCGCAAACAAGUUUCAUUCACAGAGAUUUGAAACCUUCUAACAUCUUGCUGGGAGAUGACAUGAGGGCCAAGGUUGCAGAUUUCGGUUUGGUAAAGAAUGCUCCUGAUGGAAAAUAUUCAGUGGAGACUCGAUUGGCUGGAACAUUCGGCUACCUUGCACCUGAAUAUGCUGUUACUGGGAGAGUGACCACCAAAAUUGAUGUCUAUGCAUUUGGUGUUAUAUUGAUGGAGCUUAUCACUGGUAGAAAAGCCCUUGAUGAGACAAUGCCAGACGAGAGAUCCCAUUUAGUGACAUGGUUCCGCAGAAUCUUGAUCAACAAGGACAACAUCCGAAAGUCAAUUGAUGCCAUCCUUGACCCCGAUGAUGAAACCUUUGAGAGCAUUUGUAGGAUUGCUGAGUUGGCAGGUCACUGCACAGCCCGUGAACCACAUCAGAGACCCGACAUGGGACAUGCCGUAAACGUGUUGGGCCCACUUGUUGAGCAGUGGAAACCUUCGAGCCAAGAGGAAGAUGAUUCAUAUGGCAUUGACCUACACAUGAGUCUCCCCCAAGCUUUACAAAGAUGGCAAGCCAAUGAGGGCACUUCAACAAUGGUCAGCGAUAUGUCAUUCAGCAGGACACAGAACAGCAUUCCAUCCAAACCCUCAGGGUUUGCAGACUCAUUCGACUCAAUGGACUGUCGAUGAUCAAUGCUAAAAACCUGAACAGAAAUUUCUCAUCAGAGCUAAAAAGCUGAAGGUAACUCCGUCUUUAAACCUCGCGGCUCACAAGAUUGAAAGAGUCAGUGAAAUUGUAUUUAUUGGUGUCAUUCUUUCUUAUUUUUGGUUUCUAAUUUCCCAUUCAGAUCAUGUGAGCUAACAACAUUUUUUUAGGGGUGGGUAGUUGUUUUUUAGUUGAAAAUGGUGGUGGUUAAAGAAUGUAAAACCACACAUGGGUUUGGUAUGGAAAAUUGAAGUAUAUGUUCAAUAUGUAACAUGAACAUGGGGGGCAUGGGUUAUGGUGUGUAGUGACACAGCAAAAGUAAAGUCAGACAGUACAUCCAACUUCAUUUUGUAUCAUAUUCUUUCAUUCUUAUUAUUGUUCAAAUUUUAUAUGAUUUUCCCUCCCA